AGAAUUCCAAAGAUUAGAUUCAUUGAUAAACAAGUGUUAUUUUAUAAGUUAAAUUUAAAAUUUAAAAUUUAUUAAAACUAACAUUUAAAAAAAUUAAUUUUCUUAAAUGUAUCAAGAUAAUGCUCUCUUAUUCCUGAUUGCUGCAGAGGGAUUGAAUGGUCUAGUGUCAUCGGCAGUGGAAAAGAAAAUGUACAAAGGUGUGCCAAUUGGCAGCGGAGAUAUUAUGGUAACACACCUACAAUUUGCGGAUGAUACCAUAUUGUUCGAGGAGGCAUCGAAUGAGAAUAUUGAGGUGAUCAAGUGCAUUAUGAGAACCUUCGAAUUGGCUUCGGGGUUGAAAAUAAAUUUCAGAAAGAGUCAACUGAUGGGAGUGGGAGUAGAACAAAACUGGAGAUCUAAAAUGGCUUACCGACUGUGUUGUAAAGAAGGAGAGUUCCCAUUUAAAUAUCUGGGAAUUCCAAUUGGGGGGUGUCAUAGAAGAGUAGCUAUGUGGCAGCCACUGGUAGACUCUGUUAAAAGGAAGCUGGCUAGUUGGAAGGGUAGACAUCUAUCUAUGGGAGGUCGCAUCACGCUCAUCAAUUCAGUGCUAUCAAGUCUGCCCGUGUUCUUGAUGUCAGUCUUCAUAAUCCCAAAAGGUAUAAUCCAUUCCAUUGAUAAAAUUCGUAAAUGCUUUUUAUGGGGUGGGAGGGGAGAGGAAAGGAAAAUAAACUGGGUAAGUUGGGAAAAAGUGUGUAAAAAGAAAGAGGAAGGGGGCCUAGGAGUGAGGGACUUAAGGAAAUUUAACAUGGCGUUGAUGGGAAAAUGGUGGGGUAGGCUUGCAGAAAAUAGGGAUAGCUUGUGGAAGAAAAUCCUUGUUGAGAAGUAUGGAAAGGGAGGGGGACACUGGCAAGAUUGGAUUACUGGAAAUAAUGGUGCAGGGUCAAUAUGGUGGAGGGAUGUCUGCGGUUUGAACACUAUGGAUGGGGAGAGUGCAGGCCAGUUGAGGGAGGGUUUUAGAAUUAACAUAGGUGAGGGGAAUAGUGUUAGUUUCUGGUGGGAUGACUGGGGGGGAAAGGGGUGUCUUGCUAACAAGUUUCCAAGACUAUAUCUUCUUUCAACAGGAAAGACGCACAUGUGCAACCAAAUGGGAAGCGAAAGAGACGGAUCAUGGGAAUGGAAUCUAACAUGGAGGAGAAAGUUGUUCGAGUGGGAAGCAGAAGAGAUGAUAGAAUUGCAGAACAUGAUAAAAGAUGUGAAGGUCUUGCAAGGGCGCCCUGAUAAUUGGGAGUGGAUUCAUGACAAGAACGGUCAAUACUCAACAAAAUCAGCCUACGCAUUGUUAACAAAAGAGAAGAAAGGAUCAACCGGAACUACAAUCUUUACAAGAAUAUGGAACUCCACCUUUCCAAGCAAAAUUUCAGCAUUCAAUUGGCAACUACUAUUGGAUAGAAUUCCAACUAAAAAGAACCUGUUGAGAAGAGGGAUCACCAAAGACAUGAGAGAAAGCAAGUGUGAAAUAUGUGCUGAAGAAGAAGAGGACACGACGCACUUGUUCUUAAGUUGUAGGAUUGCUCGAUGGUUAUGGAAGGCCUGUGCAAAGUGGUGGGGGACUAAGUUUUCGUUGGAAGUAGAUUGCUAGAAUACCUUUCAAAAAUCAGGAGUUGUGUCUAAAGAGCCAAGCAUCAAAGAAGGAUGGGAUUGCAUAUGGAAUUCAUUUGUUUGGUCUGUGUGGUUGGCUCGAAACCAAAAGAUUUUCCAAGGCAAAGAGGUCAAUCCAGGGAAGCUUCUUGAACUCAUCCAAUUGAGAUCCUAUCUUUGGAUUAAAUAUAAAAAUGAUAGAAUG